ACGAUCACAGGCACAGCCCAUAGCUUCAAACCUCUCUCUUAAGUCUGGUGUUUUUGGCGCGAUAGCUAUACAUACUUCUGUGCUUCAAUGGAUUACUACGGGAGAGGAAGAGGGAGAGGAGGAGGAGGAGGAGGAGGAGGAGGAAGAGGAGGGGGACGGAACACCGGAGGUGGUGGAGGGAGAGGAGGCAGAGGAGGCAGAGGAGGGAGAGGACAGAACCGUGAUGGACAGCACGGUGAUCCUUCGAAUCCUUCUGGCUACCAGAGUUUCCCUGGUCAGCAAAUGGGAUAUAGAUCAGCAUCCGGCCAGGAUCGAGGUUUUGGACAAGGACCCAGUUCGUAUCAAGGUCAACCUAGUGAACCCAGAAGGCCGAUAUCAGGCCAUGAUCGGGGUUUCAGCCAGGGACCCAGUUCCAGCCAGGGUCAGAUUGUAGAACCCACUAGAUCGGCUUCUUCGGCUUGGGUGGCUUCGGCAGUGGGGAGUGGUAGAGGGGCUUGGAGUGGAGGCGGUGGUUCGAGUGGUUCUGGCAGUGGUCGAGGAGCUUGGAAUGUCGACCAUCGUCCUAGUGGUUCCGGUUCCAAGAGUUCUGAAUCUGUCUAUGAUCCACCAAUUUCAGGGCUGAAAUCUCUUGAGAUUUCACGUUCCCGGCAACCAUCACCUCCUCAUGUGUCAGGGAAUAUUGCCCCAAUAAGGCGACCUGAUAACGGUGGAACAUCUUGUGUCCGAAAGGUUCGCCUUCUUGCAAAUCAUUUUCUCAUCAAUUUCAAUCCCCAAACGACUAUGCUUCAGUACAACAUUGAUGUUGAGCUAGAGAUGCCAUCCAAGUCUGGUGGAGUUUCAAAUUCAGAAAUACGUUCCAUAAAGAACAAAAUAUUCUCUGAUGAUCCUAGACAGUUUCCUCUAUCCAUGACUGCUUAUGAUGGGGGGAAGAUCAUCUUUAGUAGAGUAAUGCUUCCUACGGGGAAAUUCAAGGUGGAUAUGCCCAAGGGGAAGGUCGUUAAAUCCUAUAGUUUCACUAUAGAGUUGGUGAAGCAGCUAGAGCUUGGAAGCUUAAAAGAGUUCUUCAAUGGCACCCUCCAACAUAUCCCUCGUGCAAUAUUGCAAGGGAUGGAUCUUAUCAUGAAAGAGAACCCGAAGCAGCAUCGUGUUCAAAUUGGCCAGGGCUUCUACUCUAUGAGAUACAAUAGAGAUGAUGAUCUCGGUUAUGGUAUUGUAGCUUGCAGGGGCUUUCAGCAGAGCUUGAAGCCCACUUCCCAGGGACUAGCCCUAUGUGUGGACUCCUCUGUUCUACCAUUUCGGAAGCCAAUCCCUGUGCUAGAAUUUCUCUCUGAGUAUGUGUAUGGGUUCAAUACUGUUCGUCUUGACAAUCAGGUGAGGCGUGAUGUUGAAAAGGCCUUGAAAGGAUUAAAAGUGAUGGUGAUUCACAGGCAAACAAAGCAAAAGUACACAAUCAAGGGAUUAACCGGUCGCACUGCUAAUGAUCUGACUUUCACAGUCGAGGAUCGGGAUGGUAUUAAUCAACCCCAGGAAGUUAGGCUGGUGGAUUAUUUCAGAGACAGAUACAGAGACAUCAAAUUUAAAAAUCUCCCUUGCUUGGAUUUGGGAAAGAGUGAUAGGUCAAAUGCUGUACCUAUGGAGUUCUGUGUGUUGAUAGAAGGGCAGAGGUACCCAAAGGAUCAGUUGGACAGGGAUGGAGAAACAAAAUUGAAGAAUAUGUCCUUGGCAAAACCUUGGGAAAGAAGAAAAACCAUACUUGACAUGGUUCAAGCAGGCGAUGGGCCUCUCAGUGGAGAUAUAGUGCGCAACUUUGAAAUUAAAGCCAGCACAAAGAUGACACAGGUGAUUGGCCGUGUAAUCAAACCACCAAAUCUAAAACUUGGUGACACCGGUGGCAGAGCUUGUAAAUUCACUAUGGAUAGGGAAGACUGUCAGUGGAAUCUCGUUAAUAGGUCUGUAUUGGAAGGGAAGGACAUUGAAAGGUGGGCGAUCCUUGAUUUUACUUCGAAUGAUCGGAGGUCCUAUCUGAACUAUAAUAAAUUCAUACCACAAUUAAUGGCGAGAUGCAAUAAUCUACGGAUGCGCAUGAGGGAACCUCUCUUCCUUGAACCGUCUGAUAUGCGCGUGCUCUCUGAUACUGACAGGCUUCGUGAGCUCCUUAAUUAUGUAUAUGAUAAAGCAAAUCAUCGGUUGCAGAUGCUGAUCUGUCCAAUGACAAGCAAAAAUGUGGGUUAUAAGGCUCUCAAGUGGAUCUGUGAGACGCAAAUUGGCAUUGUGACACAAUGCUGUUUAAGCACCCAUUGCAACAUGGGUAAAGAUCAGUACCUGGCAAACCUUGCUCUGAAGAUCAAUGCAAAGCUGGGAGGAAGCAACUUUGAGCUCUUGGACCGACUUCCCCAUCUUGAGGGCAAUGAUCAUGUGAUGUUUGUUGGGGCUGAUGUCAAUCAUCCAAGCCCAGGAAAUGCAUCAAGCCCAUCUGCUGCAGCUGUUGUUGCUACUUUAAAUUGGCCAGCUGCAAACAAAUAUGCAGCACGGUAUCGUCUUCAAGAGCAUCGAAAAGAGAAGAUCCUAGAAUUCGGGGAUAUGUGUUUGGAGCUUAUCAACAAAUAUGCUGAAAUCAACAAAGUCAAACCAAAAAAAAUUAUAGUGUUCCGUGAUGGGGUCAGUGACAGCCAGUUUCAUAUGGUCCUGAAUGAAGAAUUAAUGGAUCUGAAGAAGGCAAUUGAGCGUGAUGGAUACUCCCCGACCAUAACACUUGUGACUGCACAGAAGCGGCACCAAACUCGCCUCUUCCCCGAGGAUGAGAAACAAGGGGCUCGUGGUGGCAAUGUCGUUCCAGGGACAGUUGUGGAUACAACUAUUGUGCACCGUUGGGAAUUUGACUUCUACCUUUGUAGUCACUAUGGACUCCUGGGGACAAGCAAACCAACUCACUACUAUUGUCUGUGGGAUGAUCACAAGUUUACUUCAGAUGAGUUGCAGCAGAUCAUAAACAACCUGUGUUACACCUAUGCGCGUUGCACAAAACCUGUCUCAUUGGUCCCACCAGCGUACUAUGCUGAUAAUUUGGCAUAUAGGGUGCGACAGUACUAUGAGGCUUGGGAGGUUGACUUUGCUUCAUCAUCAUCAUCAUCAUCAUCUUCAUCGUUUGUGCCGCGGUUUGAUCCAAACAACUUCAAGAUGCAUAGCGAUCUUAAGGAUGCUAUGUUCUUCUGUUGAAGAUCGACAAAUGGUUGCAGUCCACUGCUCAGGUUCACUCUCCUUAUCUAUACAGCCAUGCAUAGUUGAGGAGUUUGUGCGUGAAUCUAAAAAAUUAUAGUCCAAAUCUACAAGGGUCUAAUUCACCGUUGUGUUUCCUACUUCCUUUCACAUGGUCCUAGUAUGCCAUAUACAUUGUUUUUGAGGUUCAGUCAUCUUGGAUAUAUAUGUUAUGAUGUUCUUUGUGUGAUGGUUUAAGAAUCUAAGCUUCUGUUGGUCGUAAAUUGCGACUUCAUUUCAGUGGUUUGUGGUGUUUUGCUUUGAUUUUAAUGGUUGAUGAGUUUUUAUGUAAUCAAACAGGUUAUGAUUAUGAUUUAUGAAUGUAAUGCUUGCUUUCUCUCUCUGAUAUGGAAAAAAGGAUGGUUCUUCCA